AUGGGGCGUCGGCAGUUUGGGCACCGGACGGAAACCACGGCCGAGAACCAGGUGCGAUCGUGGAGGGUCCCGGGGGUGCCGCGCCAUUGGGACGCCGAGGUGGUCAAAGAGGUGCUGAUGGAGGCUGGCUUCACCCAGGUGGCGAUCACUUCGCGAAUGGUGCGCAAGGGCACCGCUACGUGGUUCGUGCGGGCCGCUGGCAAGGAGGAUCUGGCUUCCAUUUCGGUCUGCGAGGGUAAAGAGAACAUCGAGAUCUUCAUUUUGCCGGUGCAAGCAUGGCUUUCGGGAGCCGCUCAGGAAGCCAUGGAGACGGAUGAGACGGGCAAGGAGGUGCCGGCUGGGAAGAAGGCCAAGCUGGAACUUAGAGCGGUGCCUCCCGGGGUGACGCUCAAAACGAUGCCUAGGGAUGGCAACUGCCUGGCCCACGCCUUGGGGCAGGGACUCACUUAUUUGAAGCAGGACGUGAAACAGAGACCGGCGCGACUUGUCAGGGCGGAGCUUCAUGCUUACAUGGUGCGCUUCGCGGGCUUUUGGGACGGCCGCAACACCUCGGACGAGGAGGGCAAGCUGGCCACAUUCGAGGAGUACCUGCAGGAGAUGGCCGGGGACAGCAGGUACCUUGGUUGCCUGGAGCUGACAGCUGCCAGCCGUGCCUUUGACUUGACCUUGAUUGUGGUGCCGGUGGCUGCCGAGGACCCGCCGACGAUGCAUGGCUCGGGGUCGCGCACCCUGGCUCUGUGGUACCAUGGCGACCACUACGACCUGUUGCUGCCGGAGGACCGUGCAAAGGGCUACCGGCAAGUUUGCAUGGGGCCUGCGGCCCGUUGUGCGGAGGAGCCUGGGACCACCGAGGUGGCUGAGGCUGAGGACCUCGAUGACCUGCUGGAGGAGGAGAUUCCCGAAGCGCCGCCCCGGCCAUCACGGCGGCGGAACAAUGGUCAGGCGGAGCACACUCGCAAGAACCAUGCCGACGUUGCAGAUCGCUUCGGCAAGGCCGAGGCUCGCAUUGCUAUGGUUCCGUGGAGUCCGGAAUGUAUCUGGAAGUGCCGCGUCGAGGGCUGGGCAUGA